AUGAGAAUAACUAAAGUCGCAGCUAGUAUACUUCCGAUAUUAUCACUCGCAAGUGCGCUGCUUGUUACACCAUCAUCCGAGCCCUUGGAUAUCCGUGGAGUGUCAAUUGAAGAAAGAUCGAUAGUUUCUUCGUUAGUGAAUGAAGCAGAGGAUUUUAUUUCUAAUCUUUCCCUAGAGUCCGUUGCCGGAACCAUAAAUAAGCUCUUAGUAGAUGAUGGCUUUGUUGACAUACUUGAUAAUGUUUUAGAGGAUGUGGCCAAUACACACAUUGUGCCAAGAGUUCUCUUGUAUUUGAUUUCCAAUAACUACACGAAAGAAUUUACUGGAUGGGUGUUAAAAGAAUCGUUGAAAUUUUUGAACUCAAGCAACUCUACUGCAAUAUUUGUUGCUUUGGACAGGUCAGGAUUGGCGUACUCUUUAGUUGCAAGUACAAUUGAAGACCCUGACACUUUCCCAGCGGUCUUGAGUAUCGCAAAAAAGGUAAUAAAAUCUGGGCUCAGGAACAUUGACGACAUAUUCAGUAGCGAUAACACUACCCAAAAAAGAGAUAACAUUUUUCCAGAUGAGGGCAUCUAUGAUUUAGUAGAUGUUAGUAAGAGAGACAAUGUCGACGACCUUUUAACCACAAUUUUUGGUUCUGUUGCAAAAUCUGGUAUAAUUAAUGAUACUGUUCAUGAACUUAUCACGAGUGAAGUCUUUCAGGACGAAUUGGUUACGAUAAUCGAUGGGUCGAUUGACAACUUCAAUUUGAAAUCUACUAUUGAAGGCUUAUCUGCGUAUAAACCUCUUCUAACUUCAUUAUUAGAUUCCGGUUUGCUCAAGAAUACACUCGAAGAAGCUUUACUGGAUUCAAAUUUAAGAAGUGCCCUUGGGGAUGAUCUAAAAGACUUAUUUAAGAGGGAUUUCAUCAUAGAAGAAGAUGUUCUUGGAAAUGAAUUGAGAAGAGGCAGGAAGUUUUAA